AUGUCUGUUCAAGCUGGUUCCAAAGUCAGUAACUCCACCUUUCUCCUUGCGGGUUUCCUUGGUCUGGAACGGGAAUACCCUUGGCUCUCCAUCCCUUUCUCCUGUAUCUAUGCUAUGGUACUCUCAGGGAACUGCCUGGUGCUGCACGUGAUUCGGACAGAGCCGAGCCUGCAUCAGCCCAUGUUCUACUUCCUGGCCAUGCUGGCCCUCACUGACCUAUGCAUGGGGCUGUCCACAGUACACACAGUCCUGGGCAUCCUGUGGGGGCUCAACCAGGAGAUUGGUCUGGAUGCAUGCAUUGCUCAAGCUUUCUUUGUUCAUGGUCUAUCAUGCAUGGAGUCUGGCGUCCUACUGGCCAUGGCCUUUGAUCGCUUCACUGCAAUCUCCAAUCCUCUGAGAUAUACAUCCAUUCUCACCAAUACAAGAAUCAUCAGCAUUGGUGUGGCCAUUUUAGGGAGGAUUUUCCUCACUGCUCCCAUUGUCCGCCUAAAGUUCUUUGAUUACUGCCGCCCCCACAUCCUCUCCCACUCUUUCUGCCUGCACCAGGACCUACUUCGGCUCGCCUGCUCUGACAUCCGCUUCAACAGCUUCUAUGCCUUGGCUCUGGUGAUCUGCACACUGUUUUUGGAUGCAGUGCUCAUUCUGGUCUCCUACAUCUUGAUCCUGCACUCAGUAUUGACUAUUGCAUCCCGGGAGGAGCGAUUCAAGUCCUUGCAGACCUGUGUCUCCCACAUCUGUGCAGUUCUAGUUUUCUAUAUCCCAAUCAUUGGUCUGACUAUGGUGCACCGUUUUGGAAAGCACCUCUCUCCUGUGGUCCACGUCCUCAUGGGCAACAUCUAUAUCCUUUUCCCACCCUUGAUGAACCCCAUCAUCUACAGUGUCAAAACCCAACAAAUACGUAUUAGGAUCCAGAGAUGGUUCACUAAACCAAACUGA